GUCACGUAAUAUAGUACAAGCUAGAGAAGACUACUUUAUUUUUAAUUGUAAAUAAACAUAAAUAAAUAACUCAAUAAGAAACUGAAUAACUGAACAAAAUAUUUACUGAAAAUGUGUGGAAUAUCCUGUGAAAUAUGUUAUUCCAAAAAAGUAUCAAUGAUGGAUGAUCAAGUAAAGAACCGCAUCAAGAACAGAGGGCCGGAUGAUUCUAAUACGUUAGAAAUUGCGUUAGAUAACGAUAUGACCGCAUUUUUCUAUGGUGCGGUUUUAUGGAUGCAGGGUCCCGAAUUAACACCACAGCCGGUUGAAACUGAAAAAGGUGUAUUUUUGUACAAUGGAGACAUAUUUGAUGAAACAUGGCCCAACAAUGUCAGCGACACAUUAGUGAUUCUGGAUAAACUUCACGAUAACAAUAAAACACUGACAGAAGAUUAUAUUGUUAAACAACUGAAAACAUUAAAAGGCCCCUUUGCAAUAAUUUACUAUGACAAAUUGAAUAAACAAAUAUAUUUCAUGAGAGAUAGAAUUGGAAGGAGUACUUUACUGUUUUACAAAAAUGAAAAUUCUGUCAUAAUCAGUAGUGUUUUGGGAAGAGAUUAUAAUUGUAUUGAAGUACCAGCUACACACAUUCAAAUACUAAAUCUAAAUACAAAUAAAAUAAAAAUGUACCCAUGGAAUGAGUGUGGAUUACGGAAUGAGGAAUAUUUAAUUGAAGAUUGGUUUGAACAAUUAAAAAUGAAACAAAGACUACCAGAUGAUGAAUUUCAUUUUGAAUACAUAGAAGAAAAUUUUGAAGAAAAUGAUAAGAUAAUUCAAUUAAUAGAAUACACAGCUGUGCAAACACAGUGUAAACAGGCGGCAAUGAAAAUACUGUUAGAAAAUGACUUAAUAAAGAAAACAGUCUUAAAAGUGACUGAACUACUUGAGAAAAGCAUUAAAUUACGCUUGCAAAAGCAGCCAAACAGGUGCAAGAAAUGCUUAUAUGUGAAAGGUGGCUGCAAUCAUUGUACCGUUGGAGUAUUAUUUUCUGGUGGUCUUGAUUGUACAAUACUAGCUUUACUGGCAGAUAAAUAUUUACCUAGGGAUCAAAGUAUAGAUCUCAUCAAUGUGGCAUUUAAAAAAGAUGAAAAAUCUACAUUUGAAGUCCCUGAUAGGUUAACAGGAAAGCAGUCAUUACAAGAACUGCGAAAACUAUGUCCAUUAAGGGACUGGAACUUUAGAGAAAUAAAUGUUACAAAAGAAGAACAAGAAAAGUACCAAGAGGAAAUUAUAGGGGACCUAGUUUAUCCUCGAGAAACUAUUUUAGAUGAAAGUCUUGGGACUGCAUUGUGGUUUGCUGCAAGAGGCCAAGAUUGUUUAUGUAACAUUUCAACCAGCAGGGUCUUACUAAUUGGUUCUGGAGCAGAUGAGUUGUUUGGUGGUUAUUUAAGACAUAGAAAUGCUUUCAAACGACAUGGCUGGCAAGGCCUCAACAAAGAGUUACUACUAGACUGGAAGAGAAUUUCUUUUAGAAAUUUGGCUCGUGAUAAUAGAGUUAUAUGUGACCAUGGUAGACAACCGCGAAUGCCAUAUUUAGAUGAAGACUUCACAAAUUACAUACUACAUUUGAAACCAUGGCUAAGGUGUUUCCCCAGUGAAGAAUUAGGCAUUGGUAUUGGUGAUAAACUCAUGUUAAGGUUAGUUGCCUUAAAUCUUGGGUUAAAUGAGGCUGUUAUUUUGCCUAAGCGAGCUUUACAAUUUGGCUCCAGAAUUGCAAAUAAGAAAGAGAAAGGUAGUGAUAUAUCGAAAACUUUCAAAAAUAAAAAUAUUUAAAUGUUAA